AUGGCGUCACAGCUGGUCCUUACCACCAGUCCUCCACCUUACCACCAAUCCUCCACCUUACCACCAGUCCUCCACCUUACCACCAGUCCUCCACCUUACCACCAAACCACCACCUUACCGCCAGUCCUCCACCUUACCACCAGUCCUCCACCUUACCAUCAGUCCUCCACCUUACCAUCAGUCCACCACCUUACCACCAAUCCUCCACCUUAUCACCACCUUACCACCAGUCCUCCACCUUACUACCAGUCCUCCACCUUAUCACCACCUUACCACCAGACCUCCACCUUACUACCAGUCCUCCACCUUACCACCAGUCCUCCACCUUACCACCAGUCCUCCACCUUACCACCAGUCCUCCACCUUAUCACCAGUCCUCCACCUUACUACCAGUCCUCCACCUUACCACCAGUCCUCCACCUUAUCACCAGUCCUCCACCUUACUACCAGUCCUCCACCUUACCGCCAGUCCUCCACCUUAUCACCAAUCCUCCACCUUACCACAGUCCUCCACCAGUCUCCUCCACCUUACUACCAGUCCUCCACCUUACCACCAGUCCUCCACCUUAUCACCAAUCCUCCACCUUACCACCAGUCCUCAACCCUACCACUAGUCCACCACCUUACCACCAGUACUCCACCUUACCACCAGUCCUCCACCAGUCGUCCACCUUACCACCAGUCCUCAACCCUACCACUAGUCCACCACCUUACCACCAGUCCUCAACCCUACCACUAGUCCACCACCUUACCACCAGUACUCCACCUUACCACCACCUUACCACCAGUACUCCACCAGUCGUCCACCUUACCACCAGUCCUCCACCCUACCAUAGUCCACCACCUUACCACCAGUACUCCACCUUACCACCACCUUACCACCAGUCCUCCACCAGUCCUCCACCUUACCACCAGUCCUCCACCUUAUCACCAAUCCUCCACCUUACCACCAGUCCUCCACCAGUCGUCCACCUUACCACUAGUCCACCACCUUACCACCAGUACUCCACCUUACCACCAGUCCUCCACCAGUCGUCCACCUUACCACCAGUCCUCAACCCUACCACUAGUCCACCACCUUACCACCAGUACUCCACCUUACCACCACCUUACCACCAGUCGUCCACCUUACCACCAGUCGUCCACCUUACCACCAGUCCUCCACCUUACCACCAGACCCCAUCAUGUGAGGCUCUCCAUGACCUUCUGUAG